CGAUUCAGUCAACGUUAUCAAUUCAAUGCGAACAGAACGUGGCUGGAAAUUUCAAAAGAUUUUCACUCAACUUUCCUCUGUGUUGGUAGAUUGGCUAAGAACGGAAGUGGCAGUGAAGGUGGCCGAGAGUGGCAGCAGUGUAAUUGAGAGCAGCGGCAAAGGCGACAUGCCAAAAAUAUACGAAAUUAAAUGAAAGAGUAAAAACCAACAACAGCAACUACAAGUAAUAUAAGCGAGCGUCAAACGAGACCGGCAAAAUAUAACGGUGAAAGUGAAGCAAACAAGUUUGUGUGUUACUGCCUGUAUGUGUGUGUGUGUUUAUUUCCGUGCAAGUGAACGUAAUACAAUUGGCAAAUAACAAAGUUUGCGCCAAGUUUUGGCUUUAUUCGGUUUAAUUUCGUUUUGUUUGUGUGGCAGGCAAAAAAGGAUACAAUCUCGAUCAAAUUUAGCCGAAAGUAAUACAAUGCAAUUAGGAUCUGUGUAUGUGUGCCAACCAAAUAAAUGUAACAAAUAGACAAAGGAAUUUAUAAAAGAAGGCGAAUUGGUGAAUUUGUCGACACAAACAAUAGCAAAGCGUGCAACAAAAGCCAUGGUGAUGCAGUGAGGCAUAGCCGGUUUUAAGGCAACAAAAUCACCGCCAAUCGGCUUAAUGGUUUGGUGGCAACGUUGUUGUUGGUGUAGUGGCACAUAAGCAACUUGUAUGUUUACUAAAAAUAUAUAUGUGAAAGAAACACCGUUAUUUCCAAUACAUAAAUCGAUUUUAGUUUGCACUUUACACGACACUCUCGUGCUCAUAAAAUUAAUUUGCAACUGCAGCUCAACUAAUUAUGAAAUUAAUUCCGCAUGCCAGCGGCUAUAUAAAUAAAUAAUUGCUGGCAACAACAAUAUUGCUCCUCGUGCAAGCUCUGAAUCUGGAUGGAAAUACAUGAGAAUUAUAUGGGAAAUCUAGCGUCAAAAUUAUUGAGAACCAUGUAAAACCUGCUGGCAUUUAUAUGAAGAACUAAGUGAUCUACAAAUUUCCAUCAUUUGCAUGGUAGGACAGGGCGUAUACGUAACAUAGCUGCAAAGCGAUAAACCGCAGGCAAACAGACAAAUAAGCAGCUUCAAAUUGCAGAGGCAUGUCAUAGAGCAGAACAAUCAAAAUAAAACAGAAAAUUAAACGAGAAUUGAAGCGAAUUAAAGGCGCAUACAAAGCAACGCACGUACAGUUACAUAAAACCAACGGCAGUUUUGCGGCGCAUGACUCAUGCUAAAAACCGCUAGCGCUCACCAAAUUACAACAGCAACACUAUUUACAACAGCGUUAUGCAAAUACAACUACAACAUUCACACAAAACCUAUUAGUGGCUGCGAAAGGUGUGUGAAACACGCGCAUGCUACAGCCAUAGUGCCGUUAUUAUUGCAUAAUAUCCGACAGCAAGGACACCAAAAAAACAAAAACAAAAGCGAACAGUAAAAAUAACAACAACAAACCUGUGAGCAAAAUAUGAAAAUGAAAGCCAAGCAUAAAACGUGUGUUGUGGCGGCGGCGACCGGCGUUGGUGUUGGCGUCGGCGCUGGUGAGAAAAUGAAAUCGGUGAUAUUGUAUCCAUAUGGACCGCUAACGGGGACAGGAUGUUGUCGCAUGCUACAUGCGAAAAAUUUGGCGUUAACAAGCGCGAUUUACACAAUUAAUAUGUCACUCCUGAUUGUUUUGAUUUACUCCUGGCGGAUAAAUGUGAAUAUGCGCAAGGUAGAAUCGUUGGAGGAUGUCUACUAUGGUGUUCAAAUAGCCUAUUUCGCCAUUAUCGGCACACAAAUGUCCAUGAUAGUGCUGAGCGUGAUGUUAAUAUUCGGAAUUUAUAAGGAGAACCCUGGUCUCAUAGUGCCAUGGAUAAUUGGCUACAUCACGUUUAUGGCGCUGGAAGCGGUGGCCAUGGUCUACUCCAAUGUUUUACGAGACCAUGUAAAUAAGCAAUUCGAUGCAAUGUGCAAAGCGGAAGUGGCCUUCUUCAUACUUCGUGCAGUGAUUAAUGUGCUCGCCAUGUGGGGUGUUUUGCGAUUCUACAACUUGGUACGUUCAGGCAUCACAUGGAAGGGCCCAGAGGUAAUUGAACUAAGAUAUAACGGCAAUGACUCUCACCAAGUCGAAACACGCUUACCAAGUAGUCACACAUAUCACCUCUCCUCCCAUUACCAAUCGCAGGCAAAAACCACUGCGUCGGCAGCAGCGACGACGGCAUAUCAUCACUGUAAUGGCGGCAGCGACAGCAAACAGCGUCGCCUCAACUACGUGCCCGAUGUGCAGCGCAAACCGACCGGCUGUUGCUUUUUCGACUUCGACGAUUACGAUGAGGAUGACGAUGACGAGGAACUGGAGUGCGGCGAUGAUGAUUACGAUUAUGACGACUACUACUAUGACGAUGACGAUGAGGAUAGCUCCGAUUGCACGAUGCUUGGCGCCAUAUCAAUGCAUCAGAAACGUCAGUGCAACCGCACACUGCGCCCGUCACACCUGCACGUACACACGCACUCAUCGCGACCGCGCAACAACAACAUACGCACUGUGCUGAUCAACAAACGGCAUCACAAGUACAAAAUCGCACAGCCGCAGACACGACUCGAGGUGAUCAACGAGUCGGAGCGUAGCGCGGGCAGUGGCAGUGACGAGAACGAUUCGUUGCUGGUCGCUUAUGAUAGCACAUCGUCGCUGGCGUCGGUUUGACAUUGGCCGGCGUGCAGUUGUAGUUGCUUUGGAAAUGCGCGAAAGAACAAUGGAAGCGGCAGCGGCGAUAGAGCUGGCGACGUCGGCGAUAAUGAAGCGGCAACCGCGACAGCCGACGGCGAAGCGGCCGAAUUGCAGCAAUUACAGUUGCAAAUUUGGCAGCAGCAAUGGCUACGACGACAGCAGCGACGUCAACGCAAGUGGCAACGCAAGUUUCAGCGUCAGCGCCGAUGUCCAUUACGACGAGUCAACAGCGCUGUGAAUAUAGCGAUAAUGGUGCUGCUGGUUGUAGUCGAGAUAUACGCACAAGUUUCGGUACUUUUGUAGAAAGUUUUGCGUAUACAUUGAUUUACGUGUUUCAAAUUUUGUGAGCUUCCAUUUAUUCAAGAUGUACGCAUUUUUUAGUCAUGGGCUACCUCGUAAUUACCACUAUUCGAUCGAGAUUAAUAGGUUUUGCAAAUGUAAUCAAGUAAAGUUCGAAUUAGCUAGGGGUUAUCAGUUCCCUGUUUCUGUUUCUCUCGCUGCUUUACUAAAACGGUACAUUUGUUCAAACUCCGUCCGAAUAAUGCGCAUUUUUAUAUCUUCAAUCUUAAAUUUGGAUGAAUGCAAUGAAAAUUGUAUACUCCUUUCCUUUUGCUUUUGCUUUUGAAAAGGAAAUCGAUCGCAGCUAAGCCAUCAUUGAGCUCAUAGUUUUCACACCAGGCGCCUCAUAAUUAUGAUCUACAUUCGCCGUUCACCAUUUUCAAAAACUCUAACUUAGGAAAUAUAUUCGUCGGAUGAACUAACCGUUUCAAUAUGUGCUUUAUAAAGAUUAAAAAGCGUUUGGAAUACUGAACAUCAAAUGUGAGUAAAGCAGACAAAAGGAAGGGUUCUCUUCAUUUUCUACUCAUCGUGCUACGUAAAAUAUGUUUACGAAAAGUUACAAAAUUCAGAAUACAGUUUCUGCUUGUUCCCUUAAUUUUUUUCAGCCAACUGACGUUCCGUUCACGACACUUAUUUCCCGUUGUCUGAAGAAGUGGGAACUUUAACCCAUGUUGGGUCUUUUACUUCACUUCUCGAAUGUAGAAAGGUCGUUUGGAAGUGACUUUUCUUUUAUUGGUGGACCUUUGACAAAUUUUCUGGUUAUUUGUUUACUGUACUUGUAUAAUCCCAAAAGUGCUACUAAUGGAGGAAAUUUUAGAUAAAGAACAGCCUUUUAAACCACACUGUUCUUCAAUAUAUUUCAUAAAAAUUCCCUCCCGCCAACAAGCCCAAUACUUUCCCAAACUUUAUUAUUUUACUGCUAAUACUUCCAUAUAUAUCUUAAUAUAUUUUAGAGAACUUAAUUUCGAGUCAUUCAAAUUGAUCUCCCUGAGUUAAGUCAAAAGUUAAAAUAAUUAACUCAAAAUUUGACCAUUUCAAGCACUUUUCUCAUACUUUUCUUAAAGAAUUUAGUUUUUAACUACUUCAUAACUAGAAUAAAGAUAAGCUAGGCGCUUUGACAUUAUGCUAAACUUUUACGUACUUCCGUUGCGAGCUUUUCGGAUUUCCUUCAAAAUUUUAAUGGCUUUUGUUGGCACCAGUUCUACACCACAGGACUGCGCACAGUUAUACAUACACAUUAUUUGCUAAAUCCACAAAUAUUAAGUUAUUAGUGGAGGGUUGAGUUAAGAGAGCUCUCAUUUUAACAGUUUCUUAGAAAUAUGAAGCAAAAUUCAGCUAAACACGCACAAAAGCAAUCUUCUGGUGAACUUCGUUUUACACGUCCACUUUUAUUUUUAUUAGUUCCGUUUUGUUUUAAAUAUAUUUAAAAGUAAAACUGGAAAUAAAUUAAAUAGUUCAGUGGUAAGCUGAAGCACAGCAGGAAAUAUAUCGUAACCGAGUAAAAUAUUUUUUCUCACAAUCACCAAUGGGACCAUAGCUUGAAACUGUCGAAACUGCGAUACAGAACACACCAACUUGAAAGCUUUGUUCUCGAAGGCUUGAUUAAUUUUUUAGGCACUUUCGGUUCAAAGUAUUCAAAUGUCCUGUACUACCCCUCCAUGUAAUAUUUAAAGUGAUCUAAUCAAGGGCACUAAACAAUGAAAUUUAUGGAGAAAGAUACCACUAAAUAAGGGAAAGAAUGCAGUUAUUCAAGCAUAAGAAGUUCUUAGAAUAAUGCGUAAUAUUUGUGUCAGAAUAUCUGGAUAUUUAUGUAUUUUCAAAUAUUACUUGUGGCAACAAUUGCACUCUUUAUCAAAAAUGUUCUUUAAGGACCUACAUAUAAGGGAUUUAGGAAAACAGGCUAGGAUCGUCAGAAAAUAUCAGAAACGAAGCAACAGUGAACUGAGAAAAAUGAAGAAAUGUACGCUUUGUUUCUGAGAAAUAAUGUUAUUGACUAUAAUAUACGUAGUAAAUGGUAAACAUUUUUGUCAAAAUUUUACUUAUGUGUUGAAUCUAAACUGUAAGUCCCUCGAACUUAACCAUAGUUAGCUAGCAACUAACGAUUUUUCAACUUUAAUCUCAGCUCUUGACCUUUCGCAAAUCUCUUUCCCCCUCUCCAACUUACAUUAUUCAAAUCUCCAUUAAAGGGUUUGGCUUUGGAACUAAUUAAUAUGCAAAAGCCGCCUACACGAAAUUCUGGUAUUAACCGGCGAGCAAGGGGCCGAAAGACCAACUCUUGAAACACCAGUUAUGUUGUUGGUGGUGAGUUUAUUUGGCAUAUUCUUAUAUCCUGCUGUGUGGUUAAUUGUUGUAAGCGCGAAAAGCGGCGCGUUUAAUUGCUGAUAUUCGACAGUGCUGCAUGAAUUCCAAUGAGCCAUGUGAUGAGGCCAGCGGAUUAGUGUGUUCGAAAAACUUUCAGCUUUAGCUGCUUACCCUUGUUGGACCGAACUGAGCCAAAUUUCGCAGCAAGAAUGGUGAUUACGAGCAGACUGCGUUUAUGGCUCUAUACUAGCGAACCAAAGCAUGAAUGUAAUCUAUGAAAUCGUGUAAAACAAAGCGAGUGUGCCGGGAGUCACAUUGCCAGAAUACUUAUUGUUUAAGCAUUAUUAUACCGUUAUGUUUUGUUGACGCCAAACAAAGAAAAAAGCGAGAGAGUUGUCAAACAAAGCUUAUAAGAUUUGUGUACAACAUAGUUUCUAGAUUAAGACACGAUAAAUAAAUAUACAUACAUACAUACAUUAAAGUGAGAUUCGAAAAAGGAGAAGCAAAAUGUACUGUCGCAGGACAAUAGCAGUAAAACAAAUAAGCAUUGACACUAUCUAAUAGUUGUAAUUGUAGCUUAUGUAAUUUAUAGCUGUACUUGCAUGUACAUAUGUAUAUACAAUGUUAUAAAUAGAUAUAUAAUAAAUAUGGUUCAAAGCAUAUAACAGAUAUUAAGCGGGUUAGAGUGGGUAACAAAUACUCGAUGAUACUAUUAUGUACUUGAAAUCUAAAUUUAGUUAGCUCCCAUUAGCAUGUAAACUAAGUAAUAAGCGAGCUAAGUUACUGUGAUUUCAUUUUAAACAAUUAUUAAACUGUGUUUAGCGGUCAAAAAGUGUUCCGCAGCUAAAUUUAAUUUUCAAAAUAGUCACAAAGUCAUUUUGAGUUACAUCAAUGUCUAAAGCCUUUAUCGAAGAGUUUCAUAAGCAUUCAUCAUAAAUAUUUAUAAAAAUAACAAAAUUUUUUGAAAUAAAGGAAGUGUACUUUUAGGAGCGCAGCUAGUUGAAUUUAAAAUCAAUUUUUUCAGAUUUCAUUAGGUUAUAACAUUAGCAAUGACAUACUUAAUAAACGAUAUCCCUAAUAAUUUUUGAGUGACAGCGUUCUAUAGUGUAGCCGCUCUGUUCAAUCAGAUCCAUCAGUUUGUUUCUAAACAGCCUCUUCUCAAAACUGCAUUCUUCAAAUUUGCUGGAGUGAUUACUCGGAGACAAAUGAUACGAUGACUACCCCCUUAAUUAGGUUUAUUUCGAUUUUUGAUCAGAAAAACAUAAGAGCAUUUUUCCAGCCUGUAACGAGAAUCUUUCGAAUAUUUCUACUACUAAAAGGUUUCUUAUGAAAUCCUUUCUUCGCAUGGAGUCGGAAGCUUACGAGUUGUAGAAUAACAUACAAGCUGUGUCCACAUGAAGCAGGAGCAGCCCUGCUUAAGAACUCAUAUGCAGAAAAUAUACACAUAGAAUGGUUGCAUAUUUAGAAGAAUAGACCAUUAGUUUCGUAAUCAUUAAAAAUUGAUAAACUGAUCUAUUAAUUGUGUUAUGGUAUUUAGUGGAAUAUGAGUAUAACCAUUGACUUAUCGUACCGCCAACAAAAACUGUCAAAACAAAUAAUUUAUCCAACCAAUAGUUCCAUUUCUUCAUAAGAUUUGGUCACUUCAGGAUCAAUAAAAUGAAGAAUAAACAUAUUAUGUGGCUUAUUGCAUUAUUCUAAUAGAACUCUUAGGAAGGAAAUCAAAAGGUUAGUUCUUUAGUUCCAAACUAUAUAUUUUAAGACAACAAAAUCUUCAAGCAACAACAACAAGAAAACCAUAGUAGAUAUUAAAAAUUAAAAGGCUUUAAAGACGUACUUUUAUAAGCUGAAAUGAUCAUGGUCAAUAAUACAACUUUCGAUUGAUUUUAUUGGAUUUUUGACAGAUUGGGAUUCAUAGAAAUUAGGCAUGCACAUCACUUUCCGUUUCUUGUCUGCGGUUGAAUUUUUAGGGGUUCAUGGUUGGCACAAAUGUAAUACGUAUAUAGAUACACCAAUAUUUUAGUUUUUAAAUUUGAAAUUUGAAUUUGAAAUGACUUAAAAUAAUUAUAAUAAAUCAGAAAUAAAUAAAUCAAAGAAAACUAAAGCGACUCGUUCUACAAAAUAGUUAGACACAAAUCAAUACCUACAUACAUAUACAUUUUAGCAGUUGAAAAGCUUUGUGAAAAUUCGCUCUCCGAACAUUACAUUUAAAGCUUUAUUUACGGUUUUUUUGGCAAUAUGGUGUGCUAUAAUUCAAAAAUUGAAAAGUAACCAUCAUUUACCUCUCUGCGGAUGUGGGCAGUAUUCAAUACAUGUUAUUCAGAAAUUUUUUCAGAGCACAUCUUUUUACCUUUUUGUGGCUCCAUACCUAAACACUCCAUCACAUCCACAAGAACACUUGUAUAGAAAGGAUAUAAAAAUUUUCGGUUUUCCGAUCAAGCCUAAGCCUAUUUCAAAACAAAAUAUGUAUUCGUUGAAUUUGAUUAUUUUAUUUACAAAAUCACAGUAACUCAUUUCUUUGCAAAGUAAUCUCAAAAUAUAUUAGUCUAAACCUAUUCUAACUUAAGAAAAAAUUUAAAUCAAUAAAUUUUCUGUAACUAAUUCUAACCUAACCAAAUAGAUAUGUAUAUGAAAGCAAAUCAAUGUAGUUAACACUUACAAAUCAUGGCUACCUUUCUUCCAUUCAAGUCUUCAUAAUUGCAAAUAAUCGUAAGAAGUAAAUACACAUGUAUAUACACAUAAAAAAAUAGAGAAUAAAAUUGAUAAGUAGACUAAUUAAUUAUGCGAAACAGAGAAUUUGUAUCAAAGAAGUAUUAUAGCCAUAGCUUACAAGUAGGAAAGUCUUAGCAAAUUUUAUUUUUACAAAUAUGUAGUUCAAAUGUAAAUAUACUUACCAGAAAUACAAAAACACUAGAAUAUUUGUAUGAUUAAAACUCAUUACUUUAGUAUAUAGCAAUAAAAAUAAUAAAAGAGACACGCUUUGUAAAUAAAUCAAGUAAUAUUUAAUCCAAAUAAUCAAAUGGCAAUAAAGUGUGUAGACAGUGCAACAUACAUAGAAAUAAAUAAAUAUAUAUAUGUAUCAUAUAUUAUUAAUAAAACGUGUUUUAUUGUGGAAACUCCGCUAGCAUUUUACAACAACACUUGCUAUGGUGAUAAAAUUUGCUACGGUGAAGAACACUUGAGGCGUGCUGGCAAAGUAAAGUGUUUGGCCUGUGCUCCUUAUCUUCCUGAGUAGUAAUAAA